AUGAAGCUUAAGACUGCUGGGGCUAAGGGAUUGCUACAAUUGAUUAAAUUAGAAGAGUUUAGGUUAGAUGCUUAUGAGAGCGCUAAAACAUAUAAAGAGAAAACUAAACUUUGGCAUGAAAAGCACAUUAAUCACAAGACUUUUGAAGUGGGACAGAAAGUUUUACUCUUUAACUCACGCUUGAAAUUGUUUCCAGGAAAGUUGCGAUCUAGAUGGUCCGGUCCAUUUGCUGUUGUGAAAGUUUAUCCAUAUGGUGCAGUUGAAACACAAGGAAAAUCUGAAGUUUUCAAGGUGAAUGGUCAGCAACUUAAACCUUACUUGGUUGAUGAGAUGGUGCCUACUUGA